UUCCGAAAAGGCAAAAAAAAAAAAAAAAUGACAUAACCCGUGAGUUGCUGUGGCUAAGCAGUAACCGUUUGUCACGGCCUCACGGGAAAGGAAUUGCAAACGUUACGGUGCUGGUUUUUACGCAUUAUCGACAAUCAAAUCAAUACACUACCCCCCCUUUCCUUCCCUUCCGUUCACGAUUUUUCCAGAACUCCUCCUCCUCUCUCCGCCUCCAUCCCACUCCUUCGCAAACCAAAAACCCCAAUCUCUUUCUCUCUCUCUCUCUCUCUCUGGUGUUCAUGUUUGUUUAAGCUUUGUAUCCACAGCCACUGAGCUCAGUGACUUCGCGACGAGACGAUGAACUCCAUCACUUCCGUCGAAUUGAAUUACCUUGUCUUUCGUUACCUUCAAGAAUCAGGAUUCACACAUGCAGCAUUUGCUUUAGGAUAUGAGGCGGGUAUCAACAAGUGCCCUAUUGAUGGCAAUUUGGUUCCACCCGGUUCUCUUAUAACAUUUGUACAAAAAGGACUUCAGUACUUGGAGAUGGAAGCAAACUUGAGUAAUAGUGACACAGACUUGGUGGAAGAUUUCUCAUUCUUACAACCUUUGGAUCUUAUCACAAAGGAUGUCUAUGAACUGAGGAAAAUCAUAAAUGAAAAAAGGAAAAAUCUACAGAAGGAUAGAGAUAAAGAUAAAGAGCUCGACAGGGAACAUGAAGGAGAACGUGCACGGAUAAGAGAUAAAGAAAGACAUGAAAGGGAGAAAGAACGUGAAAAGGAUAAAGAGAGGGCAGAAAAGGACAAGGAGAGGGCAGAAAAGGAUAAGGAGCGAGAAAAGCAACAUGAAGAUCACACUGACAGAGAAAUGGUUACAGAUGUUGAGGAUAAAGUUAUUGUAAAACCUGAAAAUAAUGGUGUGUCUGCAGGACCAGAACCAAUGGAUAUCUCUACAACCUUGACUUCUCAGGCAUGUGAAAUUCCCAGUUCUGAUGUGACAAUUUUGGAAGGACAUACUUCAGAGGUAUGUGCUUGUGCAUGGAGUCCAACUGGUUCUCUUCUUGCAUCAGGAUCCGGAGAUUCAACAGCUCGUAUAUGGACAAUAGCGGAUGGUAGCUCAAGAUCUACUUCUAAUGCUCCUUUGAAUGUGCUGGUCCUGAAACAUGUUAAGGGUAGAACAAAUGAGAAGAGUAAAGAUGUCACCACACUUGAUUGGAAUGGUGAUGGAACACUACUUGCAACAGGUUCCUAUGAUGGGCAAGCAAGAAUUUGGAGUACAAAUGGUGAAUUAAGGAGUACUCUAAGCAAACAUAAAGGACCCAUAUUCUCUCUAAAGUGGAACAAGAAGGGUGAUUAUCUUCUUACAGGCAGCUGUGAUAAAACUGCAAUUGUAUGGGAUGUGAAGGCAGAGGAAUGGAAACAACAAUUUGAAUUUCAUUCAGGUCCAACACUUGAUGUCGACUGGCGCAACAAUGUUUCAUUUGCAACAAGUUCCACAGACAAUAUGAUAUAUGUUUGCAAGAUUGGAGAAAACCGCCCUAUCAAAACUUUUUCUGGGCAUCAGGGUGAAGUUAACUGUGUCAAAUGGGAUCCAACAGGUUCUUUGUUGGCCUCUUGCUCUGAUGAUAUCACAGCAAAGAUAUGGAGUAUGAAGCAGGAAAAGUUUGUUCAUGACUUAAAGGAUCAUGCUAAGGAGAUAUAUACUAUCAGAUGGAGUCCCACUGGACCUGGUACAAGCAACCCUAAUCAUCAGUUAUUGUUGGCAAGUGCAUCGUUUGACUCAACAGUGAAACUAUGGGAUGUGGAACUUGGGAAACUUCUAUACAGCUUAAAUGGACACAGGGAACCUGUAUAUUCUGUUGCAUUUAGCCCAAAUGGUGAGUAUUUGGCCAGUGGAUCUCUUGAUAAAUCCAUGCACAUCUGGUCAUUGAAGGAAAACAAGAUUGUCAAAACUUAUACAGGCAAUGGGGGCAUAUUUGAAGUUUGCUGGAACAAGGAAGGUGACAAGAUUGCUGCAUGUUUUGCCAACAAUACAGUUUGUGUUUUGGAUUUCAGAAUGUAAGGUCUGGGAAAAUGCUCUACAAUUUCCCUAGUUUUCCAAAGCACUAUGACCUCAGGAAUGAUAAUUAACUUCUUAGUUGGUCUUCAAAGUUUAGUUGUGGAGAUAUUACUUUUGAUGGGGAUGGGUAAAAAUGUAUUUUGGGUGGGUAGGUUUUGCGUUUUAACCAUAGAUCAGGCAUUACUCACUUGUAUUGAUCGCUUUUGUAAUUACAUUUACUCAAUUAUCUUUCAGGCUUAUGCUUGGUAGGAGUGAAUUUUGAGUUUGUAACCCAAUUAUGUACAGAAUUAUUUGAAUUGGGCCAUAAUUCAUGGUUUCUAGUUUACCAUUUCUUUUCCCAAUGAUAGUUAUUUGGAACGAUGUU